GCCCUCCCCCGGCGCCUGCAGCCUCCCGGAUCCCGCCCCUGCCUCGCUCCCGCCCGCCGCAGCCGCCCGCCCGCGGAUCCCGGAGCCGCCGGCCCCCGCAGAGGACCGACUGCCCAGACUGCGGGUCCCGGGGCUCCCUGGGCGGGGCCGAUCCCAGGGAGCCCCCCUGACUGCCUCCCAGAGCAGGGUGGGGAAAGGGAUCUUAGCCCGCCGCCGCCUCCGAGCGGGCCGCCAGCACAUUCUUAAGGAGAACCAAGCCAGGAAACCACACUCUGAUGAGUUUCACGUCCAUGACAGGCAAAUUGGAUUCCGGCGGCCUGAGAUGGGCGCCCGGCCUUCGCGGCGGCGGCUGCCCGCGGACCAGCCCGUAGCCUUGGACGCGCUGCCCCCGGAGCUGCUCGUGCAGGUGCUGAGCCACGUGCCGCCGCGCGCAUUAGUGACGCGCUGCCGCGCAGUGUGCCGCGCCUGGCGCGACGUGGUGGACGGGCCCACCGUGUGGCUGCUGCAGCUAGCCCGCGACCGCAGCGCCGAGGGCCGCGCACUCUACGCUGUGGCCCAGCGUUGCCCGCCCAACAACGAGGACGAGGAGUUCCCGCUCUGCGCCCUGGCGCGUUACUGCCUGCGCGCACCCCUCGGCCGCAACCUCAUCUUCAACUCCUGCGGAGAGCAGGGCUUCAGAGGCUGGGAGGUGGAGCACGGCGGGAAUGGCUGGGCCGUGGAAAAGAACCUAAUACUGGUGCCGGGGGCUCCUUCCCAGACCUGCUUCGUGACUUCUUUCCAAUGGUGCUUCAAGAGGCAGCUUGUGGACUUGGUGAUGGAGGGGGUGUGGCAGGAGCUGCUGGACAGCGCCCAGAUCGAGAUCUGUGUGGCCGACUGGUGGGGUGCCCGCGAGAACUGUGGCUGCAUCUACCGGCUCCGGGUCCGCCUCCUGGACGUGUACGAACACGAAGUGGUCAAGUUCUCGGCCUCCCCCAACCCGGUCCUUCAGUGGACUGAGAGAGGCUGCCGACAGGUGUCUCAUGUCUUCACCAACUUUGGCAAGGGCAUCCGGUACGUGUCUUUCGAGCAGUAUGGGAGGGACACGCGUUCCUGGGUAGGGCACUACGGCGCCCUCGUGACCCACUCCAGUGUGAGGGUCAGGGUCCGCCUGUCCUAGCCGACCAGCCUGAGCCAGCCUUCCAGAGUGUACUGCCGUCUGCCAGACGUCAUCAGUCAAAGACAGCUUUGCAGUCGGGAGCCGGAUGCCUGUGGACAGUGAGGGUCCCGUGUGGCCCAUUCCUGGCACACCUCCAGUGAACCCCACUUGCUGCUGCUUCAGCACGGUAUCACACAUGCUGUGCAAGAAACCAGGGACCUAGGGCGUCUGGGUGGCUCAGUAGGUUGAGUGUCUGCCUCUCGGUCUCAGCUCAAGACGUGACCUCGUGGUUUGUGAGAUCGAGCCCUGUGUCGGGUUCCGCGCGGACAGUGCAGAGCCUGCUUGGGAUUCUCUCUCCCUCUCUCUGCCCUCCCCUCGCUCAUGCUCUCU